AGGCAGAAUUGAGAGUGUACACUGUACAGAGAGAUUGAUUGAAGCUUCAUCAGCGCAUGGUGAAUGGCCGUGUCUCUCUCUAAUCACUCCCUGUUGCCCGCUCUCCCCUCCGCUUCCUUUUCUUCUUCCAUACUCUCAAAACCCCCAACCCUUCUCCCCGUCCUCUGCAAACCCAUUCUAGGGAUUUCUUUAUCUUUACCCAACUCUUCCUCUCCUCUCAUUCCCAACAAGAGUCGCAAUCGCCCUGCUUUCGCUGCCAGCGCAUCUGCUCCUCAGGCUAAUGAAGAAGAGGAUGAUAGUAAAACGGUCAGAGGAGAAGCAUCUCACAAAAAUCUGCCCAUUUUGAAGACCAUAAUUGGAAGUUACAAGGAGGCCUUGCUUAAUGGAGAUGAUAAAAUUGUCUCUGACAUAGAGGAUAUAAUAUGUACCAUAGAAAAUGAGAAGAAUGAAUUUAAACAGAAAGUUUUGGCUUUAUCUUCUGAGAUAAACUCAAGCAAGGAGAAAUUUAUCCAUUUGCAAGCAGAUUUUGAUAAUUUCAGGAAAAGAACAGAAAAGGAGAGACUGACCAUAAGGUCUGAUGCCCAGAGAGAAGUUGUUGAGAGUCUUUUGGCAAUGGUGGACAGUUUUGAGAAAGCCAAGCAACAAAUAAAACUGGGGACAGAGAAGGAAAAGAAGAUAGAUACAAGUUAUCGGGGUAUAUAUAGGCAAUUUGUGGAGGUGCUAAGGAGUUUUCGUGUGUCUGUAGUCCCAACUAUUGGAAAGCCUUUUGAUCCCUCGGUGCAUGAAGCAAUAGGACGUGAGGCGUCUCAAGAGUUCAAGGAAGGAAUUGUCAUCCAAGAAUUUCAGCGUGGAUUUCUGCUCAGAGAUCAGCUCCUCAGACCAGCAAGGGUCAAAGUUUCUUCAGGACCCGGUAGAAGGAAGGACCCUGUAGCUACUGAAAAACUCACUGGCGAACAUGCAACAUCUGCUUAGAGCUGACGAAAGAUGAUGUUUCACAGACCUGUCUUCUAAAUCAGAGCUGCUAGUGACAUUUCAGUAGCACAUGAAACCUUUUAUUUUUCAACACUUUUGGAUUCUGGUUAAUUCAUCUCCAAUUUUCAUGAGAUGUUAAUGCAAUUUAUUUCCAAACUAAUCUUCUUCCUGGUGGUGCUCUCUUUUAGCACUCCUUCAAGAGUUGUUCACUCUUUCAAAAGAACGGAUAAUCAGGAGAUGUGAUGAUAAUGAAUCAAUUCAUCUUUUAUUUACACACUGGCCUUCUCACAAAAGCUUUUCUAGUAUAUAUAUGAAUAGAAAGUAUUUACAAGUAGUAGUAAGUAGUAACACAUCCUUCAAUAACAAUUCCAACAUUUACAUCAAACAAUGAACACAUUUUUUGUCAUUCAAAUUUUUGGGAUUCCUUCCUAGUCCUUCUCAGCAUUAUAGGCUCGAACAGUUUCAAUUCCUAGCUAAUCUGAGCUGUCUUUUUCUGCACUGAAUAUGACAUAGCAUUAGAUUCAGAAGUUCCAUUAUUUUAAAACAAAAGCCUCUUAGCUUUUAUCAUAUAAACAAUGGUGCAUUCU